UCUCUCAAAAGAUCGAGGCUUGGGAUAUUCACAACCUCUUAGUUACUGGUUUGCAGCCUCAUAAUUGGUGUAAGGAAAGGAAAGAUGUUUGGUUCUACGAAUAACCCUUUUAUUGGGCAGUCAUCUAGUAGUCCAUUUGGGUCCCACUUGAGCAAUGCCACAGCCAACAAUGGUUUUGGGGAUCAAACAGGCAGUUCCACAAUAUUCGGUGGUAAUUCAUCAACUGGUGUUUUUGGUGUAGCCCAAUCUUCAUCUUCUUCUUCUUCACCAGCUUUUGGAGCCCAUGAGUCCACAACACUAACAACAACAACAUUUUGUUGUUUUGGUGGUGGGUCACGUGGUGGGGGAAGCCGAGUGACAUGUUAUGCACCAACAGCACCUGAACCAGAUAAUGGUGGAGCAGUAGCAUUAGGAAUGUUAGUGUCAGUAUCAGCCAUGCCUGUUUAUAAACAUAAAAGCCAUGAGGAGCUGAGAUGGAACGACUAUCAGUUGGGAGAUAAAGGUGGAGCAGUACCAGUAGUAGAAAAGUUAGAGUCAGUAUCAGCCGUGCCUUUCCAUAAAGAUAAAAGCCAUGAGGAGCUGAGAUGGGAUAACUAUCAGUCGCGAGAUAAAGGUGUUGAUACUUCGUCUACUCGGAUAAUCCUUCCUUCACCGACAUUAACAUUGGGUCAAACAUCAAUUCCUUCUCUGUUUCCCAAUUUAAAUGCUCCAACGCAGCGGCCUCCAGGUAGUUUUACAACUUCACUACAAUUUCCUCCCUCCACUGAAUCUCCAUCAUCAUCAUCAUUUGAGCAAUCAGUGAUUACUCCUACUCCUACUCCAGUUCAAGGAUCAAUCCCUGCAUUUAGAUUUAAUUCUAGCAUCUUCAACCCCUCCUCUACAACUUCAAUUGGACCACGCCCCCCACGCCCCCUCCCACUCAAUGCUGCUCAGUCGUCUUCAUCAACUACACAGUCAAACUUCCUUUCGGCUUCUUCACCAUCAUUAGCUGGUCAAACAUCUUCAACUCUGUUCUCUAAUCUAUAUGCUCCAAAAACUCAACAUGGUAGUUUUGCAAAUGGUAGUUUUACAACUUCAGUAGAAUUUCCAUACAGUUCAUCCCCAUCAACAUCUGUUUCACCGUCAAUAUUUGUUUCAUCAAGCCCACCGUCGUUGAUUGUGCAAUCAAUUGGACCAACUACAACUAGUAUCUUCAAUCCCUCUACAACUUCAAUUGGACAAUCUACCUCUUAUUUUGGGCCAACUACAACUUCUUCCUUUUUCCCAUCAAAAAUAUUCGACACUGACUAUCCUUCUACUGGAUCGGGCACUCCACCAGUAAGUACUAACAUGUUUUCAAGCACUCCAUCACUAAGUGCUUCUUCACCCGCCCAAUCUGUAAUUUUUGGUGAGAAUAACUUUGAACAAUUGUCUGCCACUAAAAGAUCUGCUGUUAUACAGCCAGACCCAACUCCAGUUGCAACACAUCCAUUCGGCAUACUACCAGCAAUACCUCAAAUGUCAAUUAAUGAUUGUGGAGUUCAAUAUGGAAUAUCUAGCAUGCCUGUAUUAGACAAAACUGCUGUUGCAGCUCCUGCUAGAAUAUCAUCAUCAUUAUUAACUUCUCGACUACACUUAUCACAAAGGCGAACCAGGUGCAUGCAUGCAACCAAAUAUCAUCCUAAGAAUGAUGGUCGUCCAAAGUUUCCAUUUUUUAGUGAUAUCGUUGAUGAAGAAACAGACUACAUACCAAAAGCACUUGUCAUUUGUCCUAGGGAUAACCCAAGAGCAGUUGUCACUUGUCAGUUGAAAUCUACUUUUGACAAGGCAUCCCCAAUAAAAGAUACUACUUGUACACCAAUGGAGGAGAAUGGAAAUAGUUUUGCAGCUGAUGCUGCUAUUGUGGUGUAUGAGCAUGGUACUGCAGAUAUUGAUGCAUUAAUGCCAAAGCUGCGACCAGGCUCUGACUACUACACAGAGCCAGGAAUCCAAGAAUUGGCAACCAAGGAAACCAGCGGCAGAGGAUUCUGCUGUCAUGUCAAGGAUUUUGUGAUCGGACGACACGGUUAUGGUAGGAUCAAAUUCUUUGGUGAGACAGAUGUGAGAAGGCUUGAUAUCGAAUCACUAGUUCAGUUCAACAACAGGGAGGUGAUUGUUUACAUGGAUGAUAGCAAGAAACCUCCUGUUGGGCAAGGCCUUAAUAAGCCUGCUGAGGUAACACUUCUUAAUAUUAAAUGCUUUGAUAAAAAAACAGGGCAUCAGCAUACACAAGGACCAAAAAUUGAGAAAUACAUGCAGAUGCUGAAGAGGAAAGCUGAGGAACAAGGUGCUGAAUAUGUCUCUUAUGACCCCAUGAAAGGGGUAUGGAAGUUCAGGGUCAACCACUUUUGACGAGUGCAAUUGCUGAUGGGUAAAACCAGUCAAUAGGUUUAUUGGUUUUUCUAUUUGCAUAGAAUUUAGGGGAUUUUUUUUUUGUUGGGUACUGUACAUCACGGAGUAAACGAUGAGUUUUGGGUUCUAGAAUAUUUCUGAUCAGAUUUCCUUUUCUGUUAGUUAUCUCUUGGUUGGCUUUUCUUAGUUCGCUCUUGGUUGGCUUUUCUUUGGUGUCUACUUGCUUUGGAUAAUGGAAUAGGAAAUAGAUUGGAUGGACAAAUUUGGGCAGUUUAAUGAUUGAAAUUUUCUCUUUUGUCUAUAUUCACAAAAACAAAUUUGGGGAGUUGCGUUUUAGA